AUUAAGCAAAAUAAGCACUUGCUUAGGGCACCACGUCUAGGGGGGCACCAAAAUCGUGGGAAAAUAACGGGUAGUUUGUACAUGAAACUUUGUGCGUCAUGUAUAGGGCACGUAAGUGCGUCUCCAACGCAGGCCUUUGCCCCUCCGAGGGCCCAUUCCAUCAGGCUUGCAAUAUGCUGAUUUUUUCAUCAUACUUUACCUAUUGGUUCGUGGUUGAUUUUUGAUUUCCAGCAUUCUGCAAAUCUGUCAGCCUUUGGGCCAAAGGGCCUUAUACCCAACGUAGAGCUCAGUUUUAGAAAUCUACUUGUCUUCAACCCUACGAGGAGCUUUUUCUUCAGCCUUCUCGGAGUGUCGAAUUUAAUAGUAGAUCUACACUUUUGUCUUAAUUUAUAAUUAUGUCGUGUCCGAAUUUCGCUCUCUUGUAACUCGGCCUUCGCCUUCGCAGCACCGAAGUCUUAACAGAUUUUCAAGGAUCGGAAUUUGUCACUCAUGCUGCCCGAGCUCUUGCACACCAGAUUGGUUUGCGACGUAUUGCACACGGCCAAGCUCGUGCGAACUAAUUGUCAAAGUUUUAUUAUAAAAAAACUGAUGACGGAAUCAAAGGCUAAAGUGCAGGUUCGGGGCUUCGUUCCCCACGAAGGUCGUAAACCAAAAGCAUACGGUUUUAUUUAACCCAAAGGUUUCCUUUAGCAGAAUUAAUCUUUGGUUUCCUAAGAUGUAAUUAAAAAAUGAUGCCACCCAGAUUUUUGAUUCAGGUUUAUUUUAGCUUCAGCGAAGUCGGUCAGUCGGAGGUCAAUAACUGUUUAAGUUUAGGUUCUAAGUUACGUUUGUUCUCAUUUUCGACAAAAUCUAAAAUGUCGAUCAUACCACAUUUCAUACAAAUAGAUGCAGCGGUUAUUGAUUCCCCACAUAAACUACCACCCUUCUUUACACAUCCUUAUCGAUGAUUUUUUUAGAUUAAAACUAUCCUGUCCUUUCUUGGGACUAAACUGUAAACUCUUGAUUAUAUUUUUGGGUCUAAACUAAUUAUCUCUAUACCAAAUUUCAACUAAAUUGGUUCAGCGGUUGAGACGUGAAGAGGAAUAUUAAAAAAAAUGAAAAUUUUACCUGUUUCCACUUCGGAAUGGUGUCAAUGUGAUACCAUACUCGUAAAUGAGUUCGGCAUUGCACUCCUAGGGGCCAAUCCUGCCAAAGGGAAUCUUCGGUUCGAAACGCCUAUUUCAUCGGCUGAAACUAACUCUAAUCAAGUGCCCUUUUGAGCGAGGCCAAAUGCCGAGCAGCAGGCCUCACAUGAAUGCGUUUCUCAGAAAAGCUCUCUUUUCAACCCUGUGUGGAGCUCGACCUUAGUCCUCGCUUACACUGGGUAUUCAGUCACAAAACCCAGCUCUCUUGCAACUCCGCCUUUAGGUCUUGCUCGGAAGCGCCAAGUGGCCACUCCGGAUCUUCAACCUUAUGAGUAUGGCCGUUGGAUUCGUUUUUUGACUAUUUCCACCAUUGGUUCAAUUCCAAGCAAUGCUAUUGCUAUCCUGCAGUUCGGCCUUCGGCCUCGGACGAUUGCCCGCCACGGUAGAAACAACUGAGUGUCAACCGUGAACCACGUUCGACGUGUUGUCUCCCUGUCGCACAUACGAAUUUACAAUUGCCUCUGGGCCUCAGUCCUUAUGUAACUUUCGGGUUACUUUUGGUCAUGUUACUUCUAGGGUUUAUUUGUGAAGUGAACCAAAGCAGGUUUUAAUCACAUAGUUAGCCGGAAAGGCAAGUACACAAUCAUAGAUAUAUAAUUUCAGUAAUUUAGUUCACGCAUGCUUUGAUAAAGGUGACAUUAGGAUGGUGACUGCACCAGCAUUACUGUUGCAACGUUACUGCUGCAGCACUGUCAACUUCCUUGAUAAAAUAAGUAAUGGAUUGAAAAUACAAAUUGCAGCAGCAAUGCGACCAUGAACGUCACUUAGUUUACCAAAAAAAAACAAUGUUGUCAAUGUAAUCUGGAUGAGCCUAGGGAGAGGGGGCACCAAGAUCUAGAAAUGCUUAGGGCAUCAAAAUUUCUUAAUCCGGCACUGGUUCCGUUUUAUGCCAUUUGGCUACGGAACCCUAAAAACGCAUCGAAAUCGGUCCAUCCGUUGGAGAGCUACGAUGCCACAGACAGAGAUUGGCGUCAAACAUAUACAUAACACCAACACUAUAUUACUCUUUGACCAACAUCCUCUUUUUGCAACGAGGGUUAAAAAUAAGAGCUAUUGUAAACUUUCAACCGGUGCUUUCAUAAACAUACAAUAUAACGGUGCUUUAUAAAACGGGGCCCAGGUUGACUGACGUUUGUCGUUUCCCUUCCAUUCCACAUUGUUUGUCUGGUCUGUGGUAUAAUUUGGAAGUUCAAAAUAUCGUUUACAGUAGACGCUUUGUAAUACAAAUUAGUUUUCCUGUCUCCUAUACAAAACAAUGUAUUAAAACAUAUAAUUUUAAGAGUUACUGUGAAGUCAAAACUUUCAAUAUGACCGCCGACAACGAAUAUCCAAAGGCGUCGAAUGCCACCCUAAUUGGGGCCACAAUCACUUAUGUUGCGGGCCUGUUCCUACUGUUCUCGUUUGCGAGCCCAUACUGGAUAGAGUCAUAUCCAGAGAUGUUUGAUUCCUUCAAGCGCAUGGGCUUGUGGGAGUAUUGCUUUGAUCGCUUCCGUCUGCCACAGUACCAACUGGACAAACUCUUCAUGGGCUGUCACUACAUUUUUAGUCAGGAGUACUAUGUGAUCCGCGAGUACCUGCUGCCCAGCUGGCUCAUGGCUGUGCAAGCAUUUGUCACAUUGGCACUCAUAUUCUCACUUAGCGCACAAGUGCUAUUAGCCUGUGUCAUUGUGCGCUGGCCUCUGCGCACAGUGCUACAAUAUGAAUGGAUUUUUGUCUCAGUUUCAUUUCUCUUUGUUGCUGUGUCAAGUUUGUUCUUGUUCUUGGCAGUAGCAGUGUUUGGAGGAAAUUGUUACCGUCGGGACUGGCUUAUGUAUCCCUCAUUCCAUGUUGUCUCAUGGUCAUAUGCCUUUGCUGUAGUUGCAUUUAUAUUUUUCGGCGUGGCGGCGAUCCUGCUGUACAUGGAGUCAAAGAAGCUGUACGAGCUGCGGCUGGAGGCGCGCAACCUCGUGGCGCAGAUGCAGCACAGCCAGCCAGAGCACGCGCUGCACCAACUGCGCGACCAGCUACAGCACCAGCGACAGAUCGGCUGGAAUAACUAGCUCUUCAAAUGCGCUGCGUAACGUGUCACCCAUUUUUCCUUACAUGAAAGGGUACAGAUGUAGUCAAUAAGCAUUUGGCAUCGGGUAAAUUCUGCAACCUAGUUAUGACUGAUGUAUGAGACUUAAUUAAGUAGCAAUUACUUAAAAACCGUAAAUUUAGAAAAUAUAUAGGUAUAUUACUUGUUGUUCGAUUUUGUUAAAUCUACGAUUGUUUGCACCCUUGGAGAAGUAAUAAACUAAUAUUUAAAUUCAAAAUUACCAAUUUAAAAACCAGUGUUUGUGACUAUUUUAUUAUAUUUGCUUAAGAUAUGUUCUCAUGUUGUUAAAGUAUUCGUUGAUUUAUUAACUGUCGUCCCACGAGAUCUCACUGUUCUUAUUGACUACAUUUGUGUAGUGCUUAUUCAUGUUUUGCUAUUUGCUUAGUAAAUAAGGUUUUCCUGUCCUUUUGUUGAGACUAUUUCGGGUUUCAUGUAGUUUCACUGACGUAGAAUGGCUAGAUUAUUAUUAUAUCCAAUAUCUUACUUUUCACCAUAUUCUAACGGUCAUAUAAAACUUAGUCAAUAGAACGAUAUCCUUUAGAUUGCGUGUUAAGACAAACUUUCUCAAAACUGUACUAAAAGGGCAUCAAAGUUUUAUCACAAUAUACAAGUAUUGAUUCACUCUUACAUGAUUUUUACAUAUUAUUAUUACGUAGCUAAAACGAGACUGGGAUGUUUCCAUAUUGCCCUCGUGAUUUUGGCAAGAUAUUAUCUUAUUACGUAGUUUUCAGGCUUAUUUGUAUGAUUAAGGCCACUGGAGGAAGACCCUGGGUGAGGGAGUCGAUGCACACGACGAAGCAUGGUUUAACCUUCUUCACACUACACUUCGGUUUUUAAGCAUUAGAAAUAAGGUAAGCGAUCUUGACGUGCCUUAUUAUUGAAAAACACUUGGAAAAUGAAUCAUAGUAAAUAUGUAAAACUUAUGUAACAUAUACGAACAUAUACAUGUUUUUCGUUUCAUAUGUCAUAGUUACUAAUUUUUAAAAAGCAUUUUUCAAUAAAAAGAUACGUCAAGAGCGUUUACCCUUUUUCUAAUGCUUAAAAAAAAUCGAAAUAUAUGUUUGAUAGUAAUGUAUGUAGGUCUGCCACUAUUAGAAUCUUAUUUUGAACAUUUCUUGUCGCUUUUUGUUAUAGCGAACGUUUUCUGUUGUCAACUCCGUUAAUUUCUAGAUUAGAUGUGCCUUGAAAGAUUAAUCCUUGCUUGAAAGCAGCUGAUAUUUAUUCUUUAUUCAAGAUUAUUAAAUUUUCUUUAUUUGUUAUUCAAAUAUUUCCAAUCACAAAAAACUAAAAUCUCAGAAGAAAAAAAUUAACAUUUAAACAAAAGUAUAUUAUUAUUAUGUAUAUUCAAUAUUGUAUUAAGUUUCAAAUUAGAAUAACAUUCUUAAGAACUUGGAGCAAAGAUUUUUUAAAACUUUUGUUUUAAUUUUAACGAAUGUAAUCACUAAUAAGAUAUUUUGUACGACUGAAACAUUACGUGAUCCCGAUUCUUAUUUUGAAUCUCAAUGCCGUCCGUUAAAGACUAUCAUUUUUAUAGAGUAAGUAUGUUCACUAAGAUAAACGAUAGAUGUAUUUAAGUCUGCAUUUAAGUUAUUUGUAUGUUUAUUUGAUUAACGACGUAUAAGGGCAUACCUUUUGUGUUUAAAUCAAGUGAAACUAACCGUGAAUCAUUCAAAACUGUUAUAAUAUGAACACCUAACCUAGCGUGUUCUUGGCAGUAAAUGUGUUAACACUUGCAUAGGACAGAUAUUGACCGAGCAACUCAGGUUGGUCAUGUCCGACGUCACUUGACUCAAUCGUCAAAUUGCACCUCAUAUCGUCCCAGAUAUAGCCCUAGUUGGUGGUGAUAUGACAUUUACAAUAUAUUUUGACUUUCACCAAAAUAAUGAAAAUAUAAAGUUUGAUUACUAUGGUGCGGAAUGAAAUACUCCAGAAGUACUUUGCAUAUAUCUACUCAACUCGCAUGUCAAGAUUAAUAAUGAGUUUAAGUUUAAGGAUUGUAUUAUGUUAAUUAUGUAAUUUGUCUUGUACAAAGUCUGAGACAUUUAAGGCCGCUUGCACCAAUGUUUGUAACCGUAAUUAAAUUCGCUAAAAUAUGAUUGUGCACCCGGUCCUUUUCAAGAUUGAUGUGCCUUGUUAGUUAAAUUAUGUUUGGCUGGAUUUGAUUCACUGUAGGGGUACUUAUUUUACCAUUUGUUGUUGGAACAUUCAAAUAUCAACUACGCAGUCGUUUAAAAAAAGGUUUGAAAUUAAGAUAGACAAACGCCGUUUUAUGUUACUGUCGAUUCUAUUUUCUACCGAUAGAACUAAGACUCUGACCACGCUUACUUCAGUAACUUUGCACAAACUUGGCAGUAAGAAUUUAUACAUAAUAUACUAAUUGAAAAUAAUUUAUACUUACUAUACUAGUAAGCACCAUACUCGAUGUAAUAGCACUUGGCAUGAACACUUAGCGUGGUCCGAUCCGAAUACCGAUAGAACAACCACUAUAUAUUUCACAAAGCUGGGUACAGUGAGAGCUGUCGUCUUAAUACAAUUCUUUCGUUUUAAAGUUAUAAAUUGUAUGCAGGUGAGAGCUGUCACCAUACUCAAGCUAUGUGCAAUAUACUAUUAACUAAUUUAGAAUUUAUAAUAUUGACACUGCUAAGAAGUCAUGCGUUUAGUUCGAUAAAAAAUCGAAUUGAAAACUUCACAAAUUCGCAUGGGCCCACCUGACUUAUUGAUCGAUUGUUAAUUUAUUUUUGAUAUCGUGGAUCAAAUCCAAUUUAAUUAUAGAUCCGUCCAAGUACAUCCUUUUUUGUGUUUUUAAAUAUUGUAAACUUAAUUAAUACAUUAAUAAAAUAUAUUUCUCCAGAA